UCUAGCCCCGCCCGCGCACCCAGCAUUGGCGUCUGCGCAGCUCGCUGUGCGUUGGGUCUCCCAGCCAGGGCGGGACGGGGCGGGGCUUCAACCGGAGGGAGGGAAGAAAAAAGGAUAAGAAAGGGAGUGGAGCUGUUGUCUACGGUGGCCGAAGAGGGACGCGCCGAGCCGGAGGCUGCAGGAUGAUGCGAUUCAUGCUGCUGUUCAGCCGGCAGGGAAAGCUGCGGCUGCAAAAAUGGUACCUGGCCACAUCAGACAAGGAGAGAAAGAAGAUGGUUCGGGAGCUUAUGCAGGUCGUUCUGGCUCGCAAGCCCAAGAUGUGCAGCUUCCUGGAGUGGAGAGACCUCAAAGUUGUUUAUAAGAGAUAUGCCAGCCUCUACUUCUGCUGUGCCAUCGAGGGCCAAGACAACGAGCUCAUCACCUUAGAGCUGAUCCACCGAUAUGUGGAGCUCCUGGACAAAUACUUUGGCAGCGUGUGUGAGCUGGACAUCAUCUUCAACUUCGAGAAGGCCUACUUCAUCCUCGAUGAGUUUUUAAUGGGCGGGGACGUCCAGGACACCUCUAAGAAGAGUGUGCUGAAGGCUAUUGAGCAGGCCGACCUGCUGCAGGAGGAGGAUGAGUCGCCGCGCAGCGUGCUGGAGGAGAUGGGCCUGGCGUAGUCCCCGCUGACCGGGCCCUGUGGAGCUGGGGGCGAGGCAAGGCAUGGUGGCUGCUUCUCCCAAGUCCCUCCGUGGGACCCGACUUGGAUCCCCCUCCUUGGCCACCUCACCUUCUUUGGAAGGAGCCAUGGUCUCUGGCCCUGCAAACGUUCCCUCCCUCCACCCCCAGCUUCCCCAUCGAAGGCUUUAGGAGCCAGGAGGCAGGAAAACGUGACCAAGUUGGGGGUGCUCUUUGGCUUUCGUUCCCUGCCUUUGAAGAACCAGUGUGACCCCAGCUGUCCUCCCUCCCUUACCACUGUAAAUAUAUAAAUACGUCAGGUUAAAGGGAAAAGGUUUUCAGGGCUCUUCUCUUAGCCCCCUGCCCCAAAACCUACCUCCACCCCUGCCCCUAGCCAUCCAGGGCAGCUUCUCUGCCUGGGAGGGGCCUUUCCCCUCAGCGGUCCCACUUCCUCCCUGGCUGCAGUGUGGCCUCUGUCCAGUGCCAGGGCAGAAACAACAAGAGUUAAUUUUUUUCUAACCUUGCCAGUUUGAGGGAAGGAAGGGUUGGGGGAAGGGCAGGCUUUCUGGAACACUGGCCCUGUCCCUCCUUCACCCCUCAUUCUGGGUGAGGCAGGCCUUCAUUUCCUUUCUUCUGAAAUAAAAGGAAAAAGUGUUUCUUGGA